AUGGCGGGCGGCGGUUUCGGCGAUUCCAAUGGCGAUGGGAAGGAUUAUCCGGGAAAGCUUACAAUGUUCGUCUUCUUCACGUGUGUGGUCGCCGCCACCGGAGGCCUAAUCUUCGGCUAUGACAUUGGGAUUUCCGGAGGGGUGACGGCGAUGGAUACUUUUCUAUCGAGAUUCUUCCCGACGGUUUACCACCAGGAGAAGGCGGACCACAGCACCAAUCAGUACUGCAAGUUCGACUCGCAGCUUUUGACGACGUUCACGUCGUCGCUAUACCUGGCGGCGUUGAUCGCAUCCUUCUUUGCUUCGACGGUGACGCGUGUGCUCGGCCGCAAGUGGUCGAUGUUAGGCGGCGGCAUCACUUUUCUCGUCGGCGCGGCCCUAAACGGCUUUGCUAAAGACCUUGCAAUGCUCAUAGCCGGCCGCAUCCUCCUCGGCAUUGGUGUCGGUUUUGCUAAUCAGUCAGUUCCGGUGUACCUAUCCGAAAUGGCGCCAGCAAAAUACCGAGGAACGCUUAACAUCGGCUUCCAGCUUAUGAUCACCAUCGGUAUUCUAGCUGCAAACCUCAUCAACUACGGAACCUCAAAACUGAAGGGGAGCAUAGGCUGGCGUGUGAGCCUAGGCCUCGCCGCCGUCCCGGCAGCCAUCAUCGCCCUCGGCUCCCUCUUCCUCCCCGACACGCCUAACUCCCUCAUUGAGCGAGGUCACGAUGAAGAAGCCCGCACCAUGCUCAAAAGAAUUCGCGGCACUGACUACAUCCAUGCAGAGUUCGAAGACAUUAAAGCCGCAAGCGAGGAAUCGAAGACCGUGAAGCAUCCAUGGCGCAACAUCAUCCAGCGCCGCUACCGUCCACAGCUCGUCAUGUCCGUUUUCAUCCCCUUCUUCCAACAGCUCACUGGGAUCAACGUCAUUAUGUUCUACGCCCCCGUUCUCUUCAAAACCAUCGGCUUUGGAAACGACGCCUCGCUUAUAUCCGCCGUCAUCACUGGUCUCGUCAACCUGUUUUCCACUCUUGUCUCCAUUGUCACCGUCGACCGCCUUGGCAGACGCAAGCUCUUUCUCCAGGGUGGAGUGCAGAUGAUUGUUUGUCAAAUAGUGGUCGGUACGCUUAUUGGUGUUAAGUUUGGGACAUCAGGCCAGGGCUCGCUGUCGGGUACUUACGCGUCUUUUGUGGUGGCUUUUAUCUGUAUCUACGUCGCCGGGUUCGCGUGGUCGUGGGGGCCGCUCGGCUGGCUCGUUCCGUCGGAGAUUUUCCCGUUGGAGAUCCGGUCGGCGGGGCAGAGCAUCAAUGUUUCAGUAAACAUGCUAUUCACUUUUAUUAUCGCGCAGGCCUUCCUUGCUCUUCUUUGCAGGCUCAAGUUUGGCCUUUUCUACUUCUUCGGUGGCUGGGUGUUGGUUAUGACAACCUUCAUCGCACUUUUUCUCCCGGAGACGAAGGGAGUUCCCAUUGAGGAGAUGGUGCUCGUAUGGAGGGGACACUGGUUCUGGAGUCGGUUUUUUGACGAGGAAGACGGAGGCGACGCUAGUUCAUUAGCUGGUGUCGAGAUGGCCAAGCCGAGCGUAUAG